CCCGGCGGUGCCCGUGGCCGGCCCGGCGGGCGGGGGUCGCUGCGGGGCCGCCCCCUGAGGAGCUGCCGGGGGAGGACGUGGCGGGGGCUCGGGCAGCCUUGCGAGGUGUAUGCAGAAUACUUGUGGAAAGAACUUACUAGACAUCUUCACGAAGGAAUAUAUUUGGCAAACACCUUCAGCAGGGAGAGUGAAAGGAACCUCCCUUAGGAUACGCUACAGUCUGGUGACCAGGGGAUUCCUGCAGCGUGGGACAUACAGCUUGGAUCUGGCAAUAAUGAAUCAAACGGACAAAAAUCAACAGGAAGUGUCAUCAUACCUUCAUGAAGAACCACCAGAAGGUUCAUUAAAAGACCACCCGCAGCAGCAGCCUGGCAUGCUAUCUCGUGUGACUGGUGGCCUCUUCAGUGUCACAAAGGGAGCUGUUGGUGCCACGAUCGGGGGUGUUGCUUGGAUCGGAGGGAAGAGCUUGGAAAUUACCAAAACAGCAGUCACAUCUGUGCCUUCAGUGGGAGUGGGCCUGGUCAAAGGAAGUGUUUCUGCUGUGGCUGGAGGUGUUACAGCUGUAGGAUCUGCUGUUGCAAGUAAAGUGCCUUUAACAGGAAAGAAAAAGGAUAAAUCUGACUAAAACCAAAACUGAGACAUACUUGGUUCUCCAAAAUAUUACGUCAGUGGCAUUAAAAUCUGCUAAGAUUUGGACCAUGAGAAGCCAUGUGUCUUAGACACUUUAUCUUCUAAGGAGCUGUGCAAGUAACUGAAUUUCAUUGAAAAGAACUGAAGACGCUUGGCUAGCACAGAGUAUGAAGAUCUGUUAGAGCCUAGAUUGAAGCUUUUUAUCUGGUGAAAUGUUACACUUGAUAAUGAUAGAAGUGUACCUGAAGGGAUAAUACAUAUUUGACUAUUCAUUUACUGUAAGUCUUCUGCCGUUUUGGACUAAAAUGUGAACAUAGAAACUUGGUAGUCUCUGCUGUACCAUCAAUAGGAUGAGAUGCCAUUCACUGUUGUUCUCAAUGGUUUCCACAUCCGUUUGCUAAGGGGUCCUUCAGCUGUGUAGUGGCAUUGUUGGAUGUACCCAGAUAGUUUUGGUUAUAAAACUGCACUAGCAGGCAGCCUGUAAACUAUCAGCAACUGCAGCCAGUGCACACUGGAGCAAAUAGAACUGGAGGUGUGUGGAAAUUGGAAGUGAGGAAGUUUGAUAGCAUGGUAGAAGGGAUCAUACAGAGUAAACUAAAUUAAUGCCUUAUAAGACAAAUUACCUUUUUACUAGGUGGAGCUGUGUAAAGAACUGUCCUGCCAUUUCAGUGCAGUUCACAGAAUGAGCUUUAGACUCUUUAUGAAUCCUGAUACAUGAAACCUUGUCAGUUUUUACUGAAAACAAGAUUGCUCCAUCUCAGGUGUAUUUAAUCAUAUGCAUCUAUUUCCUGCAAGUGAAAACUUGCAUCUAGUAAACUUCUAAUAGACACUAGAAAAUAUUAGGGCUUAAUGGAAACUGGGCCAUGUUUGUGGUCAUCCAGCGUAACUGUCUGACUUGAAAGAAAUUCCCUAAUGAAGUUGGAAACCACUGAAGAACUAGCAAAGCUGUUGUCUCAGCUCUGUGGUGCUCCAGGUUAGCUUCUUGUUCUUGCAAAUGCAAGGAAUUAUUCACUACAUCUUUCUCUCGUACUUUGUAUUUUGAUUUUUGAUAUUUAAAACAAAAAAAAAGGUAGAUGAGGCCUUAACAAAAAAAAGAGAGAAAUAUCAUUAAAGUAAAUUGUAUACUGACAGAUUCCAAACAUUGACACACCUCAGAUGGAAACACCUGUGUGUCCUCUGCAGUGUGUGAGGCAAAAUGCACUUGUAAGACACAGCUUGAGGUUGCCUUAAAAUAGAACCUGUUGGUGAUCUUUGUUUUUGUGUAUGGACAUUUCAAAUAAGUAACCUCUUUGGAAACAAAACCCAUACAGGAAGGCUGUGAAUGUUGUGUAUGCAGUAUUUUCUAAAAGCUUGUGCUCCUACAGAGAACUUAUAAGUACAUAAGUUUAACUUUUCCAGUGGCUAUGGUUGUACAUGAAGGAAACAUAGGGAGGAGACUUAUUAGAAACUAAAAAAGAUCAAAACAUAUCACUUGUCUAAAACUUAGUCCUAUAUUCAGGGAUGUUUAAAGUAUGCUAUGUGUAAAUUAUGGUACAGUAGUCACCUCGUUUCUCUGAGCCAUUGGUACUUCACUCUGGAACAGCUUUAUUUGUUGUAAUUGUUGUCUAUGUUGGUAGCAUGGGGAUUUGAGGUGGUGGGGAGAGCAAAAACCCAACACAUGGGAUUAUUUCCUCCUUUUGGUAGAUAUACCUUCUGCUGCAAGAAUCUAAUGAGGUAAGUUUAUGCAACAAAUAGAAGUUUUCAACUGUUUUUUAUAGUUGGAAGAUAAUCACAAAGAAUACAGUGUAGUUGAAGGAUACCAGUUGGGUCUAGGAAUGAGCCAGCUUGGAUGCUGGAGACAAUCUACCUGCAGUAAAUAAUGUAGUGUUGUCUGCUCCCCUGUGGUUUCCAAUGUAGACAUAUCCCCAAGUGCUGCCACUGAAUUGUCACCUGUCAAGUCACCUGUUGGGAGCAUAGUGAUAUUUGUGACACUCAACCUGACCCUGCCUGAUUGUUUUCAGAAAAUGUAAAUGUUGAACUGGUCAUACCCAUUUUUUUUAAUGACAUUGUCUAAUUUUUAUACUAUGAAACUUGCUACAAAACAAGUGUGAUCUAAGAUAAGCAGUUUUAGAUCUGUAAAGAGCUGCCAGCACUUCAUUAUGUUUUGUUCCUAUCCUGUAGUUAUUACUUCUUCGCCUUGUAACUGAAACACUUUAACAUGACAUGGUUUUAUUUUUCAAAAAGAGCUUUGUCCUAUGUCCUGCAUAUUUUCCAUUCACCUAUGAAACUUGCUUCAUCUUAUAAAAUUGUUCAAAUUCUGUCCUGACAUUUGUGAAACAUUAAAUUGUUGCUGUUUCAGACAUUUGAAAGCUGCUUUAAUUACUUUUUGGAGAAAAGCAUACCGAAUUAUAAAUCUUCCCACAGUA